GCUGCGGAUGACAUCACGGCUUUAAAUAUUCCCGUCGCUUCUUUUUCCAGCCACAGUUCCUCUCAGUCAGCCCCGCACACAGAGCCUCCUCCCCGGCCUCCCCGCCAUGCUCCUGUGGUCUUAGCUGCAACUUCCACAUCAGCGCUGUAACGGACACACGCUGCCUCCGCAUCCCGCUCUGCUAACGACACUCCCGGGCGUCCGGCACCGGCUCCUCCCCGGGGGAAGAGAAAAGGCGCCUCACGGGGCUUCAGUGCGGAGAAGAAAGACAGAAAGAAGCGAGAGAGUGAGAGUGAGAGAGGAGGGGAGGGGAGCUGGAGAAGAAGUGGACCGAGCUGAGUCGGGCGUGGUAGCGAAGGAAAAGCGCAUCUGUGUCAGCUGAAGUUUAAAAAGUAGCAGCAUCCACAAUGUCUCUGUCGGUGCCGCAGAACGGAGUGAAGGCGGAUAACGAGCCCGUCAUCGAGCUGUUCGUGAAGGCGGGAAGUGAUGGAGAGAGCAUCGGGAACUGCCCCUUCUCCCAGAGGCUCUUCAUGAUCCUGUGGCUGAAAGGAGUCGUCUUCAAUGUCACCACAGUGGAUCUCAAGAGGAAGCCAGCAGACCUCCAGAAUCUGGCCCCCGGCACACACCCGCCCUUCAUUACCUACAACGGUGAGGUCAAAACUGACGUCAACAAGAUCGAGGAGUUCCUGGAGGAUGUCCUCUGUCCACCCAAGUACAUCAAGCUUGGUGCGAGACACCCUGAGUCGAACACAGCUGGUAUGGACAUCUUUGCCAAGUUUUCAGCUUACAUCAAGAACUCAAAGCCAGAUGCAAAUGAGGCUCUGGAGCGUGGGGUACUGAAGACGCUGCAGAAGCUGGAUGAGUACCUCCGAUCACCACUGCCCGAUGAGAUCGACCACAACAGCAUCGAGGACAUCAAGGUCUCCAGCCGCAAGUUCUUGGACGGCGAUGAAAUGACUCUGGCCGACUGCAACCUGCUGCCCAAGCUGCACAUAGUGAAGGUGGUGGCCCAGAAGUACCGAGGCUUCGACAUUCCCAAAGAGAUGACGGCCAUCUGGAAGUACCUGAACAUCGCCUACACCCGCGAGGAGUUCACCAACACCUGCCCCAGCGACAAGGAGAUCGAGAUUGCCUACGGAGACGUAGCCAAGAGGCUGGUGAAAUGAGCCCGUGUGUCCUGACCUCCUCCCUCCCUCUGCCGCCCAGUAACCACCAUCCUCUUCACACUCCCCUGCACCUCUGUCUCUCCUCAGCACCGGGACUGAUGUGCUCAUUCACGAGAAAGAAAAAAAAAAACUCUGGACUUCUUUUCCUUCUCUUCUUCAUUCGUAGCGAAUGCAUGAACCCUUCAUCUCUGUCUCUCCGCCUCUCUGCCUUCCCCUCAGAUUUUGAUGAUCUCUUUAUUCGGUACAGCAAAGGUCAGAGUUGUUCCAAUGUUUUCCACCGGAAAAGAGCAGCCCAGAUGUGUAUCAGUGCUUAUCGAUGUCGGGAGCCUCAUCACACACGCUCCCUGAUAAGUGACCUUCAAGAUGACCUUCUCUCUGUGUUGAUGGGGAAAGUUCACAAGCUGUUGUUGAUUUUCUGUUUGUUUAAUAUUGACGAUGCUCUUUUUUUUCUAGGUUUGGUAUAAGAAUGAAGCUGUUUAUUUUUGUUUCCUGUCUUUUGGCUUAUUAAGAGGCGUUGUAAACAGUGUUGAAGUUUUUUUUUUUGUUGUUGUUGCUCAAGUUUUUGACAGGUUUAAGUAGAAGGGAAUCCAAACCUGAGUGGUUGACAUAUCAAGGAAGAGAUGCUUUAUUUUAUUGUUGAGCUUGUUUCAAAAUAAAUAAUUGUAAGCGCAGGUAAAGCUACCUGGUAUUCAUGCUCUGAUUUCCUCAUUGCCUCAAAUGGGCCAAUGGCUUGUAGCUCGGCUCAGUAGAAUUGUAGGACGUUUCCUGUAACAGCUGCAGAAACAACUCAGGAAAAAUACAACCUGAGGUUUAAAAAAUAUAAACUAUGUAGCUUACAGACUUGUUCAAAGGUUUAUAGAUAGUCCAGCCUGGCCUUUUUUUUUUUUAUUAUCACCACAUUGCCAUAGAAAAUGACGCUAGCAUACCUGUACCGCUACAGUAAGUGAGUGUAUUACACAUUGCAGACCAAAAACGGGCACAUUAUUCAGGUCUCACUGUGGAUAGAAUGACCGCUAUAAAAACUAGAAGUCAAAAGAAAGAAGAAACCACAAUCUCUCUCUGUCUGUUUCUCCAGAGUGAAGAACGCUAAUGUGUGGUCAGGUGCCAGGAAAGGCAACACUAAAGAUAUUUAUGAUUUAAAAAGAAAAACAAAUCAAGGAGAGGGUAGCAAUGAAAUACUGUGUAUCGGAUUGACUUUCACUUUCUCGUCCGUAUGUAGAUCGAUCUCUUAAGGUAGUGAAUGUACGUUAUCAUACAGUAGCUCCAAAAGUGCUUUAGUGCGGAAAAAAGCAAAACAUGUUUGUUCUUUUGCUUUCUCCCGUUUGCCAUGUUUUUGUUAUGAAACAAAUUUGAUAGAGAGAAAAAGAAGAUGUGUAAAUAAUUUUGUUUUGAUUGCUCAGAUUUCAACGUGUACAUUUUAUACAUGUCAUUGGAACUUUGAUGGAAAACGUCGCCUGCUUGGAUUUUAAAUUCUAGACUAACCCAUCUCCUCUUUGCCUUACUUGUUUUCUCUCUGCCGAUGUUUUGCAGGAAGGUUUCUUUUUCUUUCAGAGAUCAUUUCAUUACAACGUGUGUGAAGUUGUACAAAGACAAAAUAAACAAGCUAUGUCAUGGCUUUUUUUUUUUUUAACAAUAUUGACUGAAUUGAAAUAAACUUCUUAUUGGCACUCUGA